AGGUAGAGAGCUGAUGGAACGCAAGCUGCGAAGCCUCAGUGUUUAACCUGUCCAUCUAUUGGUAUAUUAUAAGGUCCGUUCACUAUGGGGAAUGAAUGGAGCAAGACACAGGUUGAAGAGCAUCAAGACGGAGACUUAUCGGAAAAUGAUUCUGAGGUGGGGGUUGAAAUUCAGAACGGACCAAUUACACAGCAGACCCGUCCGGGGGUAAACGCCAUCAAAGGGACUGAACAAGUUGAUCUGAAACAACCUGUGCAACAGGAUAACAUUAUUACUUCUUCCCAGAAGACCAUUGUUUUCAGCCCUAUUUCUAAUGGAAACACUUCCAGCCAACCACCUGCUCAAUCGAAGCUAAGCAUGACCAUUUCACGGCCUUCCACGGGACGCACCACAUUCCAGCCCAAUGGACCAGGUGUUGGGGUAGAGAAGCCCCAAGUGACAUUGGGAGACCCACUCAUAAUACAAGCUUCAAAUGUUAACCCGGUUGUUGUGCAAACCAACUCCAUUGGCAUCCAAAGCCAAGCACCUUCUUCUACAGGAGGAGCUUCUGUGUCAAUAUCUGAGCCCAAACCCAAAGAAAUCAGUAUAUUCGAAAGAUUAUUUAAACCGGAAAAGAAAGUACAGAUUGAGGUACCUGUCCAGAAUGAGGAAACGGGUAUUACAGUGAAUAACAACAUGGGAUUACAAAGUGCACCCCCGAACUAUGACCAACCUAUUCAGAUCACAGAUGAUUCCAAACAAGACUCUGUGCUGGUUCUAAGCUCAGAUAGCCCAGGAUUGUCAACAGGAGAAGACAUUACCGAUACACAGACAGCUUCACAGUCUCCUCCAUCGACCCCUCAAGAAGAGGUCCAUCCAAUCAUGAGUUUCUUUAAAACCCUGGUGUCUUCUAACAAACCUGUCCCGAAAUCUGAAGAAGAGGUAAAAAAUGAGCCAGAAGAGAAGAAAAAAGACAACGGAGGAUUGAGAAAAUCACCAACGAAAAAAGAGAAAUCAAAGAGCUUUUCAGAGCAAAUUCUAGACGCAGAAGCUAAGGGGUCGAAGAAAUCAGACAGCCCAAAAUCUCGAACACUUAGCAGACUUUUUAGGCAGAAGUCCCAAAAGGAAGAACCAGCCAGUGGAAAGAAAGUGUCUGAAGAACAAGCUGUUGUGUCUGUGUCUGUAAACGCAGAGAAAGCAGUCCCUGAGCCAAUAUUAAUCCUGGACCCUAUACCCUCUGAAUCCAAUGUCCAAUCACAGAUCACUGCACAAACCCAAAAGGAUGAUGGGAAAGCUGCAAAGGAAUCUGCACCACGACUUCGGCCUUUUUGGAGAAAGUCUUUUAAAUUAGAUCUCCAACCCACGGAGGUCCAGGAGAAUUCUUUAAAGGAAGAUUUACAGACCAGCCCGAACACAGGGAAUGCAGUGCAGGACCAGGUCCCUGUAUCCGUAUCUGUAAAUACUCCUCAGAUACUAACAGAAGAUGCUAACCUCAAUGCCCAAUCUCAGAUCACAGUGCAAGCUUCGGUGGAUGAAGGAAAAACUGUUAAAGAAUCCUCUUCUCGUCCCGUGCCCUUCUGGCGGAAGUCUUUUAAGGCAGAUCCUCCACCCAUUAACAUCCAGGGAAAUGAUGUGCAGGAACCGGCAGUUGUAUCCGUAUCACUAAAUUCAGAGAAAUCCGCUCCUCCGCAAAUUUCGAUUCCAGUAGCGAAUCCUAACACUCAGUCACAGCUCACCGUACAAAUCUCGCCGGAUGAAGGCAAUUCCGUCAAGGAAGCUACGUUACAGCCUGUACCAUUUUGGAGAAAGUCUUUUAAAGCAGAACCACCAUCUGUAAAGAUCCAAGCCAAUGGCGUUCAGGAACCAGCAGUUGUAUCAUUUCCUGUCAACGUGGAAAAAAACGCUCCAGAGCUGAUCGUAAUCCAGCAAACUAAACCUAACGCACAACCUCAAAUUAUAAUGCAAAGUUCACUGGAAGAAAAAAAUUCUAUGAAGGAAUCUACUUCUCGACCUGUGCCUUUCUGGAGAAAGUCUUUUAAAGGUGAUCCUCCACCCAUGAAGGUCCAGCAGAAUGAUGUAGAUGAACCAGGAGUUCUGUCUGUGUCUGUAAAUUCUGAGAAAUCCGCUCCUGAGCCAGUACUAAUCUUGGAUACUAACCCUAACACGCAAUCACAGAAUACAGGACAAAGUCCACCGGACGGUGGGAAAGCUGUCAAGGAAUCCCCUCGGCCCGUACCUUUUUGGAGAAAGUCUUUUAAAGCAGAUGUCCCACCUGUUAAAAUCCAGGAAAAUGAUGUGCAGGAACCCGCGGUUCUAUCAAUUUCUGUAAAUUCUGAGAAAUCCGCUCCUGAGCCAGUAUUAAUCCAGGAUAUAAAUCCCAAUACACCAUCACCGAGCCCAGGACAAGGCACACAAGAUGAGGGGCUGGCGGUCAAGGAGUCCACUCAACGACCUGUGCCUUUUUGGAGAAAGUCUUUUAAAGCAGAUCCUCCAGCCCUUAAGAUCCAGAAUGGCGUACAGGAACCAGCAGUCCUGUCUGUGUCUGUAAACUCAGAGAAAUCGACUCCUGAGUCAAUACUAAUCCAGGAAUCUAACCCUAACGCACAAUCUUUGAACGUAGAGCAAACCCCUACCGAUCAAGGGAUAUCUGUCCAGGAAUCUACGCGUCCUGUGCCUUUUUGGAAAAAGUCAUUUAAGGUGGACUCUCAGGUUCAGCCCACAAAGAUCCAGGAAAACUCUGUAAAAGAAGACCCACAGGUCAUUCAACUAACACUAAAUGCUUCAGCAGAACCAGAAGUCCAGGUCGGAAAAGCCAACAUUGAUGUUGCAGCAUCCAGUUCAGGAACUAAGGCACCAGAAACCCAAGAUAAAUCCAAGAAACCUGAAAAUGGGAAGAAUGCCAAGCCUAAAAUAAUGACGUUUUUCAAGCAGCUGUCAGUCAUUGGUGAUGCCGGUAAUCCCAAUUCAGAGGAGGGUAAACAGGAAAGCACUAGCCCACCAACACUUGACAUCACGGAUGGUGUGGAGGUCACUAAAAAUGAAAAAACUGUGGUCACCGCUGUUAUUGAAACUCCGCCCCAGAAAAACAAAGAAACCGCUAAGGAAAAGAAAGGAUCAACGGAAAAAAUAAGCAAGCAGGACAGCAGAGAGAGUCCAGAGGCUGCGGGCUCUGUGCAACUACAGUUGUCAGAGCCAGGUCUGGUGGUAAAUGGCGCGGACACAGCCAAAGAUGGCCAGCUGAAGAGGACAGAGAAGAGACAGUCUCUGGGGAGCUUCUUCAAAGCUAUUGGCCCAAAGAGAAUGUGUGAUGCUGAAGUGCAGACGGACCCUGUGUCCAUCCUUCCUGCAGAGAAAGUCAAGUAAAUAUCAAGGCGACACGAGGAAGAUGCGUGUGUGUGUGUGUAGACACAGCUCAUGUAUAUUUCAGUUGUAAUUUGUACAGAGAUCAUUCGACACAUGUCACAGCGAUGUAAUAUUCUAAGCUCUAAUGUUGGAUAUCAGAAACUGACCCCUAAACGUAAGCUGUUCCAAUUAACAGGACAAAAUCAAUCUCCCAGUAGUUCCAUGCUUCCGACAUAUUGUGAUUCAUGUUUAAAAGAUGGCUUUAUGCAGGUAAUAUCUUUCCAACAAGCUAGAUAUGUGAAAAAUGCAUUUUGAAGGUUUGGCUUUAACGUAUUUAAUCACAGAAUUUGCAGGUUUUUGGGUGAAAUAAACUUUAAUCAGGCUGAGUCUAGUUCAGAGGUAGGUACUCCAUAGGGGCUGGACUCCAUCAUUAUGGCUAUGAGCAUUAUCUUAGAUGGAGUCCUCAAUAUCUGGAGUUUUGCCGAAGGUUGCCAACCUCUGCCCUAUUUAUAUCUAUAGUCUGACGGCAGCAGAGAAUUUGCCUCCCGCUUAUAAAAUCCCUCUCAUUCCAAACAUGACCUUCAUCACUCGUUUUAUUGUAACACAUCGGGCACUGCUCACUUAUUGGCACCUUGUGACCACCGUAAUCAUUUGCAAUGUUUGGUCCAAAACAGUGAAGUGGAGGGGAAAUAAAAUCCAGGUCAUCAUAACUGUGUAUUAUUGUUACAAAAAGGUGAUUUCCACAAUCUCUAAAAUGUUCCAGCCAUGUUUGUCUGUAAAUGUAGAAUGUGCAAAAUGGCAAGUGUUCCAGUUUGAGUUGGGUAAUGACACAGAUUAGGAGGAGCAGCGUUUAAUGACCUUGAGGAAUAACUAAGGAGUUAGUGGUGUGGGAUUUACAAAGGAAUUCAAAUUGAGAAGCUGAAAACGAAACAAAUUUGUCAAACACUAUUUUUGUCUAAAUCCAAAUCCCCGGCUCACUUUCAGACCGCCCAACAUUUGAAAUAGACAAAGAGAAACACUUUAAUUUUAGGGUGGGUGUGUGGUUGUUCUGAGAAAUUUUGAAUGACAAAUUAUGCAACUAAACAAUGUAUUUUAUUUACACAGACUGAUUUCUAAACACAUGUAUUGUGGUUUAAAGACGCAUUACUGGGAGUGUUAUUGCUGUGGAGCUCUGUUAUACACUCAGACACAACAAUAUGGAGCUCCUAGAAAAGAGGGACAUAAGGAUAGAAAAGAAGGGACAGGAGGAUUUGGACCCAAAAUAGGGACUUUCCCUCCUAAAUAGGGACACUUGGGGCGUAUGCAAUUCUUCAGUUAAGUAAAUAAUCUCCAGUGUCUCUCCAGACUUCACAAAUACACUUAAGAUUGCAAGAACAUAGAAAAGUGCCUUAACUACAAUUCUAUUUAACUGUUUAGAGCUACAAUACAAGGACAGCCAACAUUUCAUGUUCUUAUGGGGGAGGGGGACAGUAACCCAAAUUCCUUGUCGCACAGUAGGUGGUUAUAGGUCCAGAAGGUACAAUAACCCUUUGUUUCGCUUUGCUCAGAUGCCACAAUGAUGGGAAACUUGUUUGUUGGAACCUGCAUGUUAUUGUAAGGUCAGAUAUGAAUGAAAUGAAGGUUAAAUUAGCAGUUACUGCAUUAAACUGUUCUACUUUGGUGAAAUUAAUAAAUGAUCUUAUAGCAGCCUAUAAUUGAUUUGCGAGUAUAUUCACAUAUAUGUAAACAUUUCCAUAGGCCGACUUUUUCCCAUGCAGAAAAUACAAGCGAUUUAGUUCUGUUUUCCUGCAGAGGGCGUGAGUAGAGGGGGGGCCAUGCAUUUCCCGUCUCUCUGCAGGAAGUUGUGGUAAGACAUUGUAGGAAAUGCAAUUUAAAUAAAAGCAGUAUCCCCCGGCUACUUUAAUGAUGGGGUUCACAUGUCCCAAGUACAGAAACGCUUCAAAAUGCUCAGUUUAGGAGAAAUGCAUAAGGUGUUACUAGUCUCACAGUUUGAAGUUUGUAAGGGACAUUCUUAGAAACCAACACUAGGGGGCGACAUUAUCACAUGCUAAUUCAUUGCUGUAUAACUGACAAUAUUCUCCUUUGACUAUGAAAUUAAAUUAAUAAUGUAUCUAAUGAACGCUGUAUUCGUAAUUGUAUCAUCUAAUGGAAACUAACAGGUCUUUCUAAUAAUCGUCACUUGGCCAUCCUCUCCAAUUCUAACAAAACAUACAUUUGAGAAAUAAUACGUCUGGUUUAUCGAUUUACUUUAAUAAACAUGUUCUGUCCUACAAUUUAUUGUAUCUAUAGAAUUAAAGUGUUCUUGGUGUACAGAGAUUACAUAAAUAAAUUAAUUCUAUUGCUGUA